UUUUUUUUUUUUUUUUUUUUUUUACUGGCGCUUGUUGCGGCAAUUCCCCUCGUAGACUUGACAGACUUGACAGAGCAGCUCUGCGCAAAAACGACAAGCAAAUAAAGGAACUUCGGAGUGGGUGAUGAGCGAUGAAAACCGAGAUGGACUGGAGGAGAGAGGUGGAUUCGACUUGAUUGACCAAGGAGGACCACAAGUGGUCCAUUCCCCUUUCCAUCAUAAACCAUACCGGACUACUCUCAAGGCUAAAAUCUUAGAGAGGCACACAGCCCUCCUUCGAUCGCAUUCCACUUUUCGCUACAAUUCCUGAGGGGCCUCUUCUCUCUCUCGAUUGCUCGAUUGCUCGAUAGCCCACCGGGCCGCUACCUCUGGGCAAACACCACCCAUUUCAGUACAUAACACCCCUACAUUUCCAAGCCUACCUUCCUUUUAAUCCAAGAUCCAAUGUUUGCUCGUCGGUCCAGGUGGGCUACUGCAGCAGGCCUGACCGUCUUAGGCGCUAUUGCUUAUCGCCAACGGCAUGCAAUUGCUCAGCCCGUGGGCUUCGCAGAAGCCACGACCAAGGAAAACCUGCCCGCACACCAUGACCCCAGUGGCAAGGGAUUUGUGAACCCAUGGCCAUCCUUCUACAAACACGGGCCCCUUUCCGUCCUAAGGAUGUUUUUUGAGUUCGAUCGGACUCAGUCCAAGGUGACUAAGGAUACCACACUACCCAAGGUCUUGAGUCUCGACAAACCCUUGAUCGAUACCUUCAGUCUGCCAAAGCAAGGAGCAGAACAAGGAGCUCGACAUGGCAAGGUCACAACGACCUGGUUGGGACAUGCGUGCUUCUUGGUACAGCUUGAGGGCGUGAACGUCCUGUUCGACCCUGUCUUUUCAGAGCGAUGCAGCCCCAGUCAACUGGCAGGGCCUAAGAGGAUUACACCGCCGCCUUGCAAGCUGGACGAGCUGCCUCGAAUUGACAUUGUGGUGAUUAGUCAUAAUCACUACGACCACUUGGAUCUGGCCACCAUCCAGACCCUGCAAAAGGACCACGCACCUUACUUUUACGUCCCGCUCGGUAAUGAGGCAUGGUUCCAUUCUAUUGGCAUCAAAGAUAAAGUGACCGAAUGCGACUGGUGGGACGAGCACGAGCACACGUUCCACGAAAAUAAGUCUGGAGUGAAAGUGAUUUGUACGCCUUGCCAACAUUUCACUGGCCGAUCUAUGACGGACCAUUACAAGACCCUGUGGGCCUCCUGGGUUCUCGAAACGGUUCCCAAGGAUGCUUCUGAAAGGAGCGUCAAGGUCUUUUUUGGAGGAGACACGGGAUAUAGAUACGUGCCUAAGGGUGCUGACGAGAACACGGUGCCUCACUGUCCGGCGUUCAAGGAGAUCGGCGAGCGCGUCGGACCGUUCGAUCUGUCGAUGAUUCCGAUUGGAGCGUACAGUCCACGGUGGUUCAUGUCCCCGGUCCAUUGCUCGCCCGAGGACGCUGUCAGGCUUCACGAGGACAUCAAAUCCAAACGCAGCGUCGGCAUGCACUGGGGCACUUGGGUGUUGACGGACGAGGAUGUGACAGAGCCCCCUCGACGACUGGAGGCCGAGAUGAAGAACCGUGGACAUGACCCCAAUACUUUCAACACAAUUCGAAUUGGAGAAACGCUCACUGUUGACGUUGUAUAAUUUGAAAUAUAUUCAUCGCAGAUCCAGAGGGUACGUGUAGGUAGCCCGCAUAAAUAAAAAUUUAUUAUUAUUUCAUUUUA